GAUUCGCGCUAUUUAGAAAGAGAAAUAAUUUAAUUACAUUAUUUAUAAACAUGCUAUAGUUAUAGUCAUGGCCAUGGGAACAGAGUUACGUACUAUAGAUGAUAUUCAUUUGUUGAAAAUGGAGGCGUGAUGGAGGUGCAGUUGUCGCAAGACUGGGAUUUUCGAGUUUGCGGUUGUGACGAUUUACACAUGAAAAAUGGCUGGAAACAAGAUGAGUACCAAAACAAAGGGGAAAGAAGAUAAGAGUAAAGCUAAUAAUAAGGCUAUAGGUCAACCUAGUGAAGAGGCAGAUGAAACUGACUUUGCUUUGCUUAGAAAGCCUAUACAUACAAGCAUUACAGGAUUUGGUCAAGCAAGGAAAAUAUUUGACUUAGCAACUGAAGAACUGAAAGAUUUACUCUCAAAUGAAUGUGACUUACUUUAUGAAUGCAAAGUAUGCCGUAAUAUAUUUAGGAGUUUGGCUAAUUUUAUAUCUCAUAAACGUGUUUAUUGUAAAGAGAAGUUCAGUUCAUCGUUACAUAGUCAUUUUAUCAAAGCUACUUCAACGGUUACUGAAAUUAUGAAAAUUAAACAAUUAGAAGAAGGAUAUCAAGAAUCUUUAAAGGAAACAAUAGAAGCUGAAAAUAAAGAGACUGAUGACAUAGAUGAAAGGGUACCAUUAACUAAGGAUUUGACUGCAAUUGUAGAAAAAAUUGCACAGCACAAAGGUGUACAUAACAAUAGCAAAGAUGAGCCACAAAUUGCACUGCAGAAGAUACCAAAUAGUUCAGUAGCAAUGUUCCAAAAUGUUCAGAUGUGUGAAGACAAACAAAAAGAAAAUAUGAGAGUACAAUGAAUGAGCUCGACAAAAUUUUAUUCAAGGGACAUAGCUGUUUUACAAAGUGAUGGCAAUUUCAAAAUAAAAAGCUCUGCGGCGGAAGAUUCUGAUAGCGUUAUUCAAAUAAGUGAUGACGAUGAGAACGAUGACGCCGACAUACUGAAAUGCAAAAUCUGUGACAUGCAGUUCUCGACUCAAAAAACUCUAAAAUUCCAUAUGAAGUACAAGCAUGUGGAAAGUCGCCUGUAUACCCGUGCCCCCGAUUGUCUGGAGAUAUUUUCUACUUCGUGGAGUGUAUAUAGACAUCUGUUCAAAGUGCACAGGAAAACAGCGGCCCAGAUUAGAAGGCUGAGGGAGUCAAUUCAAGCAAAGGCAUUCAAAAUGAAUAACCCUCCUGCCUUCUAUGAAAAACGUAAAAAUAACAUGAAGUCAGCAACUGCUGCGCCUAAGAUCACUGAAGAAGAAAGAAUAGAUCAAGAAAAUCAGGCUUGGAUGGACAACAUGGAGGGUGACGGCGAGCUGCCGCGCUGCGGCGGGUGCGGGCGCACGUUCGAGCGGCGCGCGGCGCUGGCGGCGCACACGCACACGUGCCAGCCGCGCAGCCGCGCGCUCGCGCGCCGCCCCGACGCCAAGCGCAUCGAGAUACAGAUCCGCAAGGACUACAACAAGGGGCCGCCGCCCAACAUCGUCGCCGCCAUACCCAAUAAACCUACGGAAAAUAAUGAAAAUAAAGCACCUAAGGAAGAUCCACCACCAGUCUUAGUGAAAUCAAGCCCAAAUAAGGAAGAAGAAAAAUCAAUUCCUGUUGUCGAAGAAGUUGAAGAAACCAUGGAUAUUAGUGAGGACGAACAAAAGUCUAAUGACGCCAGUGAAUCUCCUGAACUAGAAUUAGACCAAGAGGCAGAACUAGAACCAGAACCAGAAAAAGCACAAGUAGAACUUUCGAAACUAACAAUAAGACUACCAUUUGCUCAUCAGGCAGAAAAGAACAAUCUUAUGGCUUUCAGACAGAGACUGCAGUCAGAAGUAGAAUUAAACAAAUUGUUAUGUAAACGAUGUGAUGGACAGUUUGGUGAAGUACAAGAAUUAUUUGAUCACGUCGCCGAUCAUAUUAAAUGGUAUCGCUAUGCUUGUAAAUUAUGUAAUUUCAAGCAUUACUAUUUUGACAAGUUACCUGAACAUGUCAAAGUGGUUCACAAACUUAAAGGUGAUAAAGACUUUUAUUACAGUACCGUUAAAGCAGUUAAUGGUACUGAAGCCAUGGAACUUUGUUUACCUCCUGAGGAACUUCCCGAGACUAAUGAUACUAGUCCUGAUUCAAGACGUCCUAGCCGAUGUUCCAGCGAUUCUAGUCGUUUAUCGGAUGACAGCUCAUCCAGUAGUACAAGGGUUGAAGGCAUAACGAGGAAAAGAAAAUUAUACCAAACAAAAAACAAUUCAAAGCGAAGAAAAGAAAUUUUGGCCAAAGGCGGACAAGGUAAGCACACUGACAAUUCUGUGGACAAAAAUAAUAGCUUGAGAAAAUGAUUCUUCGAGCAUCAAAAAACUUCGGAAGAGAAUUCCUCAGAUAUAGAUGAAAUCGAAGAAAAAAUUGCGAAAAGGCGAGGUACUUUAAAAGAAGACAAGUCGUCCGUAGCAUCUAGAAGACCUGUAAGAAGAAAAACAAAGCCCAAAAAUGAAGAUUUCGAAUACGAUCUAUCAAAUCUAUUAAAAUUGGAAGCUCAGGGAUAUAGAGAUUCAUUAACAAUGGCUCAGAAGGUGUCUCAAACAAAACGCAGGGUUCAACAAGAAAUUAAUUAUGAGAACGCGAAUAAAGAAUGCUGUGGAGCACUAACCGCACUAUCUAAAAAAUCUGUCGAAAGAGCUAGUGCGCACAUGAAAACUAAUUUCCCAAGUGCCGUUCAGAAGGAUGUUAGAACCCAAAACGUUUUCGUUAGACCUAUGUUACCUAAAAUUAUCUCCAAAGUAACUCAAAAACCAGACAAUUGUGAAGAACCUAAAGAAUCUAGUCCUAGUAAAGAAAAUGUAUCCAGUAAACUGCCCCUUGAAGAACCUGAAAAAGGUAAAGAUAAGGUAUCUAAAGAUAACUCUGUUGAUAGCCCUCAGAAAGCAACAGAUGACGCCGAGUCAGUGGCAGAGGUAAAUCAAAGUACAGUUUCUGCUCAACCUAAAAGUCCAACCACACCUAGUGAAACUGUUAAACCCAAAAACAUACCAUCUGUGGUUCCAAUUAAAUUUCGUCGCCAAAGUUUAGAUGUUAUGAAAAAUCCCCUCAUCAAUAAAAGUAUUAGUGAUUUUACAAAAUCUGGCAUGAAAACGAAAAUAUUAGUUAUCAAACCAAUUAAUAGAAAUGACGGUAAACAAACUUUGAACACUCCACUGAAAUUUCAAACAAUUAAACUAAAAGAUCCUAACAAAAAAUUCUGUAAUGAAGAAAAGGAUCAAGUUGUAGUAGUUAAAGUCCCUAAAGUUGAUUGUGCUAUCGCUCGACCAACGACCGAGGUUCCUAACAAAAAUACUGAAAAGACUUUGCAAAUAGAUAAACCAACAGUAAGCCGAAAAUAG